UCGGUGGAACUCUCGUUAGUUUAAAAUGGAGAAAUCCUCAACGGGAUUGAAUAAGAAUGGCUCGCGAUCGACCGCAUCGCUACCCCCGGAACCGGCGGACAUAAUCCACAGCAAGUCAUGCUACCGCCGGGUAAGGCUCAACGUUGGGGGUCUUCCACAUGAGGUCCUCUGGAGAACGUUGGAUAGAUUACCACGCACCCGGUUAGGGAAACUACGAGACUGCAACGCCCACGACUCACUCAUGGAGGUAUGUGACGACUACAACUUGGACGAGAACGAGUACUUUUUCGACCGGCACCCAGGGGCGUUCACGUCCAUUUUGAACUUCUACCGGACCGGUAAGCUCCACAUGAUGGAGGAGAUGUGCGCCCUGUCGUUUAGUCAGGAGCUGGACUACUGGGGCAUAGAUGAGAUCUACCUGGAGUCCUGCUGCCAGGCCAGGUACCACCAGAAGAAAGAACAGAUGAACGAGGAGCUCAAAAGAGAGCAAGACACCUUGAACGACAGAGAGGGAGAAGAGUUCGACAACACGUGUUGUGCUGAGAAACGAAAGAAACUCUGGGACCUUCUGGAAAAGCCCAGUUCGUCUGUCGCAGCCAAG